UAACGAGGGAACGAAGCCAGAAAAAAUGGAAGACGACCAGCAGUUCUGCCUUAGGUGGAAUAAUCAUCAGAGUACAUUAAUCCAGAACUUCGACACGCUUCUUGAAAGCGGGACGCUUGUUGACUGCACGCUCGCGGCAGAGGGGAAAUAUUUGAAAGCCCAUAAGGUAGUUCUAUCUGCGUGCAGUCCUUAUUUUGAGGGGCUCCUCAGUGAACAUUAUGACAAGCAUCCUGUCUUUAUACUCAAAGAUGUUAAGUUUAAAGAAUUGAAAGCAAUGAUGGACUAUAUGUACAGGGGAGAAGUAAAUAUCUCUCAAGACCAAUUGGCAGCGCUACUUAAAGCUGCUGAAUCUCUGCAAAUUAAAGGUCUAUCAGAAAGUAAAACAAGUGGUAGUAGUAAGACGGACUCUAGGCAACAAAAAGUCGUUCCGCAAACAACAUCACAGCCUGACAUUCCAAUUUCGUCUUCCGGUCUUACAAUAGAAAAGAACAAAGUUCCUAGGCAGGGUAUAUCACAAGGUUCCGUAGGGGACCUGCCUGAAGACUCAGCCAGUCCCCAAAUCCCCAAGGGUCUCUCCUCGAGGGAAGGUUCUCAAAGUCCCACCUCGAGAAAAAGAAAAAGAUUUAGACGAAAAAGUAUAGGUGAUGACAAUUCUGUAGAAAAUCAUGAAGCGUCGAAUUCAAGCGACAUGCCUCAACAAAUGGGCGUUCCUGCGCUUGGAAUUACACCCGUGGCGGACGAAAAAACACAUGCAGACCCUACAGAUUCUAUUGGGAGGUCAGCCUUAAUGACGCAGCUGACGAAACCUGCUGAUGAAAUGUUGCAGUUGCCGUUAGAAAAACCUGAGCCAAAUGAUAAUCUCAUCGAGCCAAAGUCUGAAUAUUUGGAAGAUCCAGAAGAAAGUGUCGAAGAUCUAACGCUGGAUGACGAUAUGAAUGAUCUGAACGAGAUGGAACAGGAUAACAAUAGAGCUGGCCCAUCCCACGACCCCUCCCAACAUCCUGACUCGGUUAAAAUGUCCCUGGAUGCAAUAUUACAGCAGGGGGUUAGCACCACUCAGGCUUCAGAGAUGUAUGGCAUUAAUCGCUCAACCCUACAAUUCUAUUUGAAAAAGUUGAACGUCGUCAGAAGGAGAUGGAGACAACAACCUAGUAACCUGAUCCAGCCUAGACAACCC